GGAAGAAGAAGCAGAAGAAGAAGCAGCGGCAGAAAACGCAAGACAAACUACCGAAGAGGAAGAAGACUUGUCCUGUCCCUAAUAAUAUCCUCUACGGAUAAUAAUUAUGUGAUUAUGGCCUCUGUGUUGAUUCGGAAUUACUGUAAACUCCGUCACAUAAACAGCAGGACUUUCUCCUUCAUGUCGCAGCUCUCAGGAGUCAGAAAUAAAAGUACGAUCCAGUAUGCCACGCGUCCCGGCCUGCCCAAACUCGCCUACAGGAAGCUGAAGGGGAAAAACCCCGGGGUCGUGUUCCUCCCCGGCUUCGCCUCCAACAUGAACGGCCAGAAAGCCGAAGCCCUGGAGGAGUUCUGCAAAUCUUUAGGUCACUCGUACCUCAGGUUUGAUUAUUCGGGCUGCGGAGCGUCGGAGGGGAAAAUUUCGGACUACAACAUCGGCGCGUGGAAGAAGGACGUCUUGUACGUGCUGGAUGAGUUAGUGGAAGGACCUCAGAUUUUGGUCGGAUGCAGUUUGGGCGGCUGGCUGAUGUUGCUCGCUGCUCUGGCGAGACCGGAGAAGGUCGCCGCCCUGGUGGGCAUCUCCACAGCUGCAGAUCAUUUUGUCACCGCCUACAACGAGCUUCCUAUCCAGACGAGGAAGGAGAUCGAGGAGCGCGGGUUCUGGUCGUUCCCCAGCCGCUACAGCGUCGAGGGCUCGUACGCGCUGAGCCUGGACUUCCUGCGGGAGGCGCAGUCUCACUGCGUGCUGCAGUGCCCCAUCCCCGUGUCCUGCCCCGUGCGGCUCAUCCACUGCCUGCAGGACGCCGACGUCCCGUGGCACGUGUCCAUGCAGGUGGCCGAGCGCGUCCUCAGCAGCGACGUCGACGUCGUCCUGCGCAAACACGGCUGCCAUCGCAUGUCCGAGAGGGACGACAUCAAGCUCAUCGUCUACACCAUCGACGACCUCAUCGACAAGCUCACCACGCAGGAGUGAACCACACAGUGGGCGGGGCCUCUGCUCCACAGCAACGGACGUCCGGUCCAAUCAGAGCUCAGCGUGGGCUUGAUUUGAGUGUUCUACUCAGUCUAGCUUGGAGAUUGGGCUACAGAUAUCCCCGCUAGAUUUGUUACGGAGCGUUUAUCUUUAACACUUUAUUCACACUUUCUCACACGCAUGUUUGAGAGCUACGCUUGUAAAUCCACUCGUGAAUAUUUAUCACUGUUAAACCUGAGCACUAGCUACCUAGCAAAAAGCGCUAAAAACACUUGCUACUUUCACACAGGAUUGGGUUGCUAGCUGAUUAUCUAGAUCAAAAGUUUAUUAGCUAGCGACGCAUGUUCAGGUUCUGCUCUGGAGUAUCUGGCUGGGGAAAAAGCUACGUAAUGCUACCUAGCUGUGUUGCGUCUACAUUCUCUCUGAAAUGAAAUCAUUAGUGAGGAAAACAUCGACAUGAAAACGCGUGAGAAGUAACAUGGUGUUAACGCGCGCGACUCCACGUUAUCACGUGAGUUUGUGUGUGUGUGUAACUUGUAACGAGGUAGCUGUACGCAGAAGGUGGGAUGAGGUUUUUUGUUUUAUUAUUAUUAUUAUUAUUAUUAUUAUUAUUAUUAUUUUGCGUUAAGAGGCUGCUCAGUAAUAAAAGCGCAGGGUUGCUGUGCUGUGUAUCGCGGUUUAAUGUUUUAUUUCAGUAUUUAGGUGAUUUAUUUACUUUAUUUUUUUUAUACAUAUUCAGUAUUUUGUGUUGCUUUUUGAGGAGGAAAGUUUUUGAUGUGAUUUUUUUUUUUCAUGUCAGUAAUAAAAUUGGGUUUUUUUUUUUUUUUUAGGUCAAAGUGUAUAUUCUAAAAGUAAGCAGUAAAUAUAUUUCACUACAGCUGUAAACAGUUUAGUGUGUGUGUGUGUGUGUGUGUGUGUGUGUGUGUGUGAUUAUCAUUUUGUAAUAACACUGUAAGUUUCACUUAUACACUCAGCUGCCUGGUUUUAAUCAUCACAUUUCCACAGAUUGUAGUUAAACACGUUUUAUCGUUAAAGCUGUUGCCAUGGAGACGGCCCGCCCACCGACGUGCGCUCGGAUUUUUGUGUUAAAAAAUGUUCCUCUCUCCUCCUGCUGGGAUUUUCCACGUUGGCGAGUCUGUUUCAGAGACGCCUGUGUGUUCACUGUUCAUAUGCUGUUCUGCUGUAAGAGUGGGGUGUGUGUGUGUGUGUGUGUGUGUGUGUGUGUGUGUGUGUGUGUGUGUGUGUGUGUGUGUGUGUCUGAAUCAGUGUCUCUGUAGCCCCUGGACAUAAAGAGGAAUUUUAAUAAUAAAGAAGUGAAAGAUGA